AUGAUGGAACCCGCGACACCAGAAUCGCAAGACAUCGACAUGCAGCUUGCAUCAGACUCCAAUAAUACAUACCCAGAACCACCGCCUCGUCUUGCUGCCCGCUUUUGCCGUAAGACGAGCGCCCGCCGGAAAUCCUCUGCCAAUUCCUCCCGCCGAAGCUCUCUUUCCUCGAUUCACUCCCACACCUCGAACCGAUCCAGUCAUGGUGGACCCGCGAGCACGCACGUUGCACAGCACCUUCGGCGUGCUUCGAUCAUUGAGAGCCGCAAGGCACGUUUGGCAGAUCGAGCCGCUCACGCAGAACAAGUCAGGUUGCGGGCCGCUGCCGCCAAAGCUGCACGAGGGGUUUCGUACAGCGAGGAGAGAGCCUUAGCGGCACAAGCAGCACGGGAGAAACUCCUUGCUGAAAUCACGGCACGAUGCGAAGAGGAGGUCCGGCGUGCUAAGAAAAUCGCCGAAGAGACAAAGGAGAGGAAGGCCGCAGAGCUAGCAAGGCUCAAGGAAGACAUGGCCGAGAAAUUUGCAGAGGCUGCCCGACGGAAAUCCAUGUACCAGCAGGGCAUGAGGAGGUCAAGGACGACGUCCCUGGCUGCUGUCGAGGAAAAGAAGGUGUCGCCCAUUCCUUUGGCUCAAUCAAGUCGGGCAUAUGCUGCAAAGGUAAUCCAGCGAGCCUGGCGCUCCUACCGCGGUCGUAAGGUCAUUGCCGACUUCUCUGCCAUGGAAUUGGACUUGAUUCGCGCUCGAUCACUUUCCUUCGAGGACUUGACAAGGCUCCUUUCGACGGACAGGACAACUACUGUCACCUCACGGCUUCUGAAGCACUUAGAUGUGCUGGAAGACGGUCAAGAGGCUAUCGGGCCUGUCCGUAUCUUCCUGAGUGCGUAUCUGAUCUUGUCGCACCCCAUGCAAGCGUUCAGCCAUGGUGGGAACCAGCCACAAGAGCAAGAAUUGAUGGCCAAGGCCAGUACUUUGGUUGAAGCCUUCGAAUCGCACAUGAAGAUAAGGCCGUCAAAGUCGCGACGAGACACAACAGCCUCGACGAGAGAAGCUUUGUGUUUCGCCUUUAACGAUUUCUCUGCCACCUUCGACGCUUGGAAGAACCAAGACCUUGGUGUUCUCGUUGACGUUAUGGUCAACUCUUUCGUUAACCUAGAUCUCAUCCUGCAGGCAACCAAGGACGACCACGAGGGCCAUGUUGCCGAAGACUAUCUGGAUGCAGUUCGUCAAGAGCAAGUGAAACUGCUGGCAAGGCUCAAGAGACUUGCUGGGCCAGAAGAAGCCCUGUCCAAAGUCAGGUUGGCCGUGAGAAAGGCUCGAAAGCAGCGAGCUGCCGAACAGCGGCAGAAAUCUGUACAACAGAUCCCACGAGCAUCAACACCUACAAACAGUGGCCCCUCGUCUGUUAAUGGAGCCCCCAUCACACCUCCAGCAACGCCACAGCCAUACCAUCGCCAUAAUGCGUCGAAGAGCUCCACCUUUGCCAAUAACCUGGGUCAGAUUAUGACGGUCUUGCCUUCUAACCGCGAAAUUGCUCACGAAAUCCUGAUCAACGGCAGCUUUGAGGUGCAACAACGCCCUUGGACUGACGCUCGGAAGGACCUGAUGAGCUCCCUUCGCUCCAACAUGCGGAGUAGCAUGCAAGACGGGAACAGCGACGCCGCGGCAACAUGGACUCAUGCCAUGGCCAUACUCAUUCGGGAGAAAGUGAUGAAUCUUGUCAGUCAACGACACCCUCUUUAUGAUCGGUUUGAUGGAUUCCUAGACCCAGCCUUGAUCAAUCAGCAAUGCAGGAACGGGAUGUUUUCCUACAACGCAUUUUUCGACACCAUAUCUGGCUUAAUUGCACAAAUCUGUUCGCCAGGACGUGACGAAAUCGUCCGGGCUUUCACGAACGACACGACUAGCGAUACGAUUGACCGUCUUUUCGACUUGAUCAACAUUAUCGAUUUGAUGACCUUGGAUCAUAUCAAUUUCCAAUUUAGACUAGCCUCCCAGUCUGUUAUGGAGCAUGGGCACGAGCACGAAGUUGCCUCUUUCGAGAAAGAGCUUCGAGAUGGUAUCCAUGGUCUAGAGCGCACUAAGCAAUGGUGGUCCAGUUCAAAGGGCGUCGUCGGUGUGAAUGCAAGUGGCGGGGUUGUGUAUGCAAGGGGCUUGACUGACCUAGUCUUGCGCAACACUCACCUUUGCUUCCAAGAAGUCCCGGAGACUUUGCAGCUGGAUUAUAUCCGUCUCCUCAAGUGGAGAGCGCGCGCGUUCCAGGUUGUAGCGACCUCUUCAAUCUUGCUCACAACCAAGAUUCGCCUGAGGCGCAACAGGGAGUCACUGUGGGCCAAAGAUGCCGAAAGGUUGAUGUCCCUAAACCUUUUGAACGUCGACACCAACCGCGUUGUGUCUCUGGUUGAGUCAUCACACAUGAUGCCAGACAGUAUCAAGGAGGGUCUAUCCAACUUCGUCGGUCGUGUCUUACCACCGGCAGUUGAUGCCGCAAAGAAUGCCGAUUCGGCGGAACGUGAUCGACAGGAUGCUAUCCACAGCCAAUCGACGUAUCGACCCUCAGAGAACGAGCAAAGCCUCGGUGGAGAUGUGUUUACAGAACAGAUUGCCAGCUUCCUCCUCAAGUCACUUCGUGAACAUGUCUUUGCCAGACUUUCUGCUAGUGGAACGCAGGAAAGAGUCCGAACUACAACGGGCGCGGCAGAAGUCCUGGCCAGGGCCGGCAUGCCUGAAUUUCUUGAAGAGGUCAACCGCCUGGUCGAUGGUCUUGAUCGCAUCCGAGCGGUUGAUCUCAAAGCGCACGGGAGAUGGUAUGAUCAGACUGCUGGAGAGUUGUCUGCAUGA